GAAAAAAAAAGGCAAUUUUUUACUUUUCUGCUUCACUUUCACUCCCACUGGAACUCUCUCUCGUUUUCUUUGUCAUUUUUUCCCGGAAAAUUAAACGCGUUAUUUGGAUUGGGAUGACUGUUAUUUGAAAAACGGUUACGUUAAUUAGACAAUUGCCAAAAUCGUAGCGGAGGCUAGGGUUAGGACUUUCCCGUUUCUUUCAUCUACCCUCGUCAUUUUGUCUAGAAAAGUUUCUUCUUUACCCCAUUCGGUUCAAACUCUGGCGUUUGGGAACUUAUUUUUGAAAUUUUAAUCCAGGGUUCUCAAUCUUAGUCCAAAUUUAUUGUUAUUUUAGAAUUAUUUUCCUAUUUGUACUGCUUUAUGAGAAUGUGCUGUUAUCUUGGUUUUUUUUAAUUUAUUGGAAAUUAUGAGGGUUAUUUGAGUCCAGAAAAUCAGCAAUAUGAGAGUCGAUGGUGAUAAAGGGAGAGAGUUAACUAAAAUAUAAGCUCUUUAUUUUAGUGGUUUUACAUUUGUGUUAAAAUUCUGCUCCUUUUAAUCAAACAAUUCUUCUUUCCAUUUGUUGAACAACGUAUUAAAUCCUGAGUUGAAUGACAAGCGACUGGGUUAAGAGUUUGUGACUUGUCUACGAAUUAAAAAUAAUUUGGUGGGUUAGGGUUUUACGAAGGUGGAAGAAGGUUUUCCCCUCUGAUUAUCAUGUUCAGUUUCCAUUAUGGAAAGAAGUGAACCAGAAUUAGUUCCAGAAUGGUUGAGAAAUACGGGCACUAUUAGCGGGAGUGGCAAUGCAGCCCACCAAUCUGAUUCCUCCUCUUCUCUCUCAGGUACGCUUGUAAAUACCAAUUACGUUUCUUCUUAUAUUUGUACUUGAUUACAAUGUUACUGUUGAACCUGUAUCUCCUAUUAUGCACUUUCUUUCCAUUUUUAUGGCAUGUCUUUUUUAUUGCAUUAAUACCGAGUAGUUGUCAUAGUAGGAACUUCUGUAAUAUUUUAUGGGAAUAUAUAAUGACUCCAUUCUUGUUGUUAUAUUAGAUGUUUCUUCAUCGCCACAUCAUAGGAGAAGUAGAAGCUCUGGGAAUAUUGGUGAUUUUGAUUCCCUUAGUUUUGCAUUUUUGAAUCGGGCAUCUUCCUUGAAUUUAUGGAGGAGUUCUAGUAAUGGUUCUUCAAGGCAUGCUUAUAGUAGUAUUAGUAGGAGUCAUCGUGAUAAGGAUUGAGAAUGGCAUAAGGAGAGGUUAAAUUUUGGUGUUCGUUGGGACCGUGAUUCUUCUGACCCUUUAGAAAGUAGUUUAGCGAGUAGUGUUGAGAAAUUAGGAGGUAUACCCACCUCUAGGGUGGAGAUUGAUACAUUUCGGCAGUCUCGUUCUAUGGUCUCUAGGAAACAGGCUGACCCUUUGCCUCAAAGGACUGCAGUGGACUCAAGAGACAGCAGUAUUAGUAACAAUGACAAUGACAAAGGUCUGGUUUCUGGGGGUUCUAUUGGGAGUAGCAUCCAGAAGGAUGCAUUUCGGAAAGAUUUUCCCUCUCUUGGAAUAGAAGAGAGGCAAUCAGUGCCUGAGAUUUCUAGAGUUACAUCUCCUGGUUUGAGCUCAGUUUCUAAGUGUUUAUCUGUUGGCAAUUCAGCUUUGAUUGAUGGGGAAGGAUGGACCUCAGCUCUGGCAGAAUCACCUACUGUGGUUGGAAGUAGUAGCACAUGUUCCUUUCCUGCCCCCCUAACUGUUUCCACCCCAGUUUCUGGGAUUCCAAGUGCCACAUCUGCUCUUAAUAUGGCAGUAGCAUUAGCUAAAGCUCCUUCACGAGUACAUACUGCUUCCCAGUUAUCUGUCAAUACUCAAAGGUGUGAGGAGCUGGCCAUUAAGCAAUCAAGGCAACUAAUACCAGUGACACCUUCAAUGCCUAAGGGUUCGGUUCUCUAUUCAGUGGAUAAAUCAAAAGCCAAACUAGCAUCAAGAACAAGUGAUGUGAAUAUGGCUGUGAAGAGUGGGCAGCAGCAGCCUUCUUUUAUUCAUAAUGGUAAUCAAUCUCCUCAUAGUAUACAUUUCAAGUCUGAUAUGCAGAAGACAUCUGGUAAGCUUUUGGUUCUCAAACCAGGAUGGGAGAAUGGGGGCUCAUCACCUACUAAAAAAGACACUGCCAUUCCUACAACAAUUGCAAACUGCAGAGUUAUUACUAGCCAAUGUGCCAUUGCUCCUGUUCCAUCGGCUGCCGCAAUAAACUCAAAUAACUCGAAGCUUUCUGUUGGGGAGCCCAAGAUUCAGACCCUCAUAUUUCAUGUUCUACCACAGAAAAAUCCGAAGUUACAAAGGAAAUAGUUGGUGCGUCUGUUACAGCUCAUGCUAAUAGGAAAGGUACUGCAUCAACUAGCAAUGGUGAUGUCUGUCAACAGCCUCAAAGAUUUUCUAAUGAUAACGAAAAGGAUUUUAACUCCACUGCUAUGGUUCAUUCAGAGGAAGAAGAGAUUGCAUUCCUUCAGUCUCUUGGCUGGGAAGAAAACUCCACUGAGGAUGAAGGCCUUACAGAGGAGGAGAUCAAUUAUUUUUACCAGGAGUAUAUGAAACUGAGGCCGUCAAUGGAACUCUGCAAUGGCAUUCUGUCAAAGCUGGCUGAAUCUUUUGCGACCAAGUUGAAUGGAGCUUCUUCUGAAUCAAUCCCACUCGACUCCAAAUCUGAAGCUUGAUUUUGUUUUAUGUCAUUGCACAGUAAAUCCAAAGACGUUCCAAUUUUUUAAUUGCAGAUGAUUAGCCUCCCCCCUCCUUUUUUCCCCCCUCACGUUCUCUCUCUUUUUAUGCCUUCUGUUGGAAAGAAACUUGACAAGUUUGACAGGAAAAGGGUAUAGUUUUGUUUAUUCUUUCUAAGGUUUGCUGGGAAAAGGGGCGUUUUCGUUCUUUCCUUUCAAGAGGGUUCAAUUUUGCUCUAUU